AUGUACAGGCUGCUGCUUUGGAUGGUUUUCUUCACCUGCUUCAUGGAAACCUUGUCUCAGACAAACCUCAGUGGGAAGGUCUUUGUGUUCCCUGUAGAAUCUUCUACUGCUCAUGUGAACAUUAUCAAAAACCUAAAGAAACCUCUAUAGAACUUCACCUUGUGUCUUCGAGCUUACAGUGACCUUUCCCAUGGCUACAGCCUCUUCUCCUGUAAUGCACAGGGCAAAAAUAAUGAACGUGGAGAGUACAGCCUGCCUGUUGGAAGAUCCAAAGUCACAGUCAAAGUCAAUGAAGAGUUCCCAGCCCCAGUGCACCUCUGUGUCAGCUGGGAAUCUUCCUCAGGCAUUGUUGAAUUUUGGGUCAUUGGGAAGCCUUUGGUAAAAAAGGGUCUGAAGAAAGGUUACUCUAUUGAUGCUUACCCCAAGAUACUUCUAGGACAGGAGCAAGAUGAUUCCUUCAGGGGUGGGUGUGAUAGGAGCCAGUCCUUUGUGGGAGAGAUUGGGGAUGUGUACAUGUGGGAUUCGGUGCUGUCCCCAGAGGACAUCUUCUUCACAUAUAGCAGUUCUACCAUCAAUCCUAAUAUCCUUGACUGGCAGGCCCUGAUCUUUGAAAUGAAUGGCUAUGUUGUCAUCAAACCCCUGGUGUGGGUUUGA